UGUUUUCAGUCUCAUGGACGACGACUUCACGCGGUCUAUGUGGCACUUUCAGUUCAGAUUGACGUAUAGACUGAUCCUCCGGGAAAAGGAGCUCCACUUCAACAUCGGCGUGUACAACCCGAGUAAGGAGCUAACGUUCAGCUGCCAGCUCCUCCUGCACACCUACUUCAAGGUGCCGGACGUGCGCCGCUGCCAGAUCACUGGCAUGCAUGGGUGCAUGUUUAUUGAUAAGACCAGAGAAGGCGCGGUGUACCAGGAGACGCGCGAGGUGGUGACCAUCAACGAGUGGACCGACCGCAUCUACCAGAACACUAUGCAAGAGCACAUCAUCACCAACGUGGUCAGUGGCCGCAAGAUGAGGAUACAGAAGUAUAACUUCCCCGACACUGUGAUUUGGAAUCCGUGGGCGGAGUUCGCGAAGGAGAUACCUGACUUCGGUGACGAUGAGUUCCCGAACAUGGUUUGCGUAGAGGCGGGGCGCGUCGCCGCGCCCAUCGUGCUGCUGCCCGGGACUGCCUUCGAGGCCAGCCAGAUCCUGCAGGUGAUGUAAGGGUGACACGCCGUAAGCUAUCCAGCCGUCCAGUGAGCGAGGUCAAUUUGCGUGAAUAUUUUAAUAUAAUGACAAUAUUGUUGGUUCCAGGAAGCGUUCCUUAAACCAUAAAUAUGUAAAAUACUAUUUUAAUUACAAAACACUUUUAUUUUAUUUAA